CACUAUUUUGGCAGAAGGGAGAGGGCAGUGGAAUUCGUUCUGAGUAGGGACGGUUACGCAAAAUGCAAGGAGGAAGAGGAAGCUGAUAGGGGAAUUGGUGAGUCAGAAGAGAAAAGGACGACUUGGCUAGCAGUGAGCCUCUCUAAAGCGGUGGAGAAGCCUAAGCCAUUAUCAAGGUCCUCCACUUCAGCAUGAUGCUGCCAAAAAAAAUGAGGCCACUGCUGUUCCUGGUUUCCCAGAUGGCCAUCUUUGCUCUAUUAUUCCAUCUAUAUGGCCACAACUUCAACUCCCUGUCCACGAAGGAGGAGCCCAAGCCCAUGCAUGUGCUGGUCCUGUCUUCCUGGCGCUCUGGCUCCUCUUUUGUGGGACAGCUUUUUGGGCAACACCCGGAUGUCUUCUACCUGAUGGAACCUGCCUGGCACAUCUGGAUGACCUUCACAGAGAGCACUGCCUGGAGGCUGCAUAUGGCGGUCAGGGAUCUGAUACGUGCCAUUUUUCUGUGUGACAUGAGUGUCUUUGAUGCCUACAUGAAACCUGGUCCUCGGAGACAGUCCAGUCUCUUCCAGUGGGAGAGCAGCCGGGCCCUGUGUUCCCCGCCUGCCUGCAAUGUGUUCUCGCGGGAUAUGAUCAUACCUCAGGCUCACUGCAAACUUCUGUGCAGUAAACAGCCUUUCGAGGUGGUAGAGAAGGCCUGUCGCUCCUAUAGCCACGUGGUGCUCAAGGAGGUACGCUUCUUCAAUCUGCAAGUGCUCUACCCACUGCUGAGAGACCCUUCCCUCAAUCUGCACAUCGUGCACCUGGUGCGGGACCCCCGGGCAGUGUUCCGUUCUCGAGAACACACCACAGAGGAACUCAUGACUGACAGCCGCAUUGUGAUGGGGCAGCAGGGGGAGAAACUCAAGAAGGAGGACCAGCCCUACUAUGUGAUGCAGGUCAUCUGCCAAAGCCAGAUGGAGAUCUACAAGGCUGUGCAGUCCUUGCCCACAGCUCUGAGGCAACGCUACAUGCUCAUACGCUAUGAGGACCUGGUCCGGGACCCCCUUGGCCGUACUGACCAAAUGUAUAAAUUUGUGGGGUUGAAAUUCUUGCCCCAGCUCCAGACCUGGGUGUACAACAGCACUCGAGGCAAGGGCAUGGGUAGUCAUGCCUUCCACACUAAUGCCAGGAAUGCCCUCAACGUCUCUCAGGCCUGGCGCUGGACCUUGCCUUAUGCAAAGGUUUCUCGACUUCAAAAAGUCUGCAAUGAUACCAUGACUUUGCUGGGCUACCACCUUGUCAGAUCUGAGCAAGAGCAGAGAAACCUGUCACUGGAUCUUCUGUCUACCUAGACCCUCUCCAAGUAAGUCUGCCAAGAGGGUUGAGGAGACUCUGUCCCCACUUGGCACCAGCCUCAGCCACAUUAACUGAAGUCUUCUGAGCCUUAAUUACAUUUCUAUCAGUGUACAUGUGAGCAUGGGUUGUGUCCACACAUGUUCAAGCUAGGAGAUCUCUGUCUCUACUCAUGCCAAGAAGAGAUUCAGGAACCUAUAUGAGCAGCACAUUACACUGCUGAAAAAGAAGUAUCACCUUUCUUCUCUUCUUGGCCCUCCUAUCUGUGUAUACCUCAAAGACUUUGGGGCCUGGGGCCCUAUUUGACACCACACAGUAUCAGUGGAGUAAAUCCAUAAACUUCUCUGUCCCCAGCGGGACAGGAAAACCAGUGAAAUGGGUCUUCUGCCAAAGAGCCCACCAGAAUAUUCCACAGGGAUAUGAACUCUGAGCCCAUGGAGCUUCUGGUGGAUUCAAAAAGGGAACAGAGAACAGGGUUGGAUGCUUACUGGUGAGGCUGGCCAUCACAGCUAUCAGUUGUCACAAAUACAAAGAUCUCUGCACAACAAACAGAGUGAGCUCUUAAACUCAUGGUGUGGCUGGGCCCCCUGUGGACAUCAUUUCCCCUCAGUGUUUUCCUAUCACCUAGAAGAUUUUGACUUGUGAAGCUGCCAUCUGUUAACACUAAAAUUCCAAAUAGGAUUCUGGUUGGAGUUUCCCCUUUUAUGCUUUGUACUUACUUAGUAAUAAACACUAAUUCUUAUAGAAUCCUAACCUGAUAGCA